AAUAGAAUUGGGUUAUGUACUAUGUAUUAUGCUAUCUGUAUAUAAUUGCAAGGUCAUUUAUCCAAAAGAAUGUUAAAAACAUUUGUUGCGGAUGGUGAUUUAGCUGGAUCCAUAACUGUAAAAGAAUAUGAAGGACGUUAUUUUCCAGCAAGUGUUUCAGACAUACCUUCACAGUUGAAACAUAUGCAGUCAUUUGAUGCCGAUGACAAUGAUGUCAUCAUUUGUUCAUAUCCGAAAUCAGGUUUCCAUUGGAUAUGGGAAGUAGUGACAAUGCUAGUUAAUAACACAUCAAAUAUUUCAAAGGAUUUUCCAGCUAAAUAUAUUUUGGAAGCUGGGGUUAGAAAAGUGGAACAGUUACCACCACCAAGAGUGUUAGGAAGCCAUUUGUAUUAUGAACAACUUCCUGUUUCAAUCAGACUAAAGAACUGCAAAAUAAUCAAUGUUAUAAGAGACCCAAGAGCAAUAGCAGUUUCGGGUUUUCAUUUCUUUACCAAAAUAAAAGAAAGUAAAUGGACUGGUAGCUGGGCUGGUUAUCUAAAUCUAUUUUUAAAUGGUAAAGUUUUGUUCAACGACUGGUUUCAACAUACACAAUUCUGGGAGAGGGUAAGACAAAACAAUCCUGAUAAUCCCAUACAUGUUCUGUUCUAUGAAGACGCAAAAAAGGAUCCAUUUUAUGAAUUUAAAAGACUCGCUCGAUUUCUUCAGCUAGAUGUACAAGACUCUACAAUUAGGACCAUUGCAGAAAAAACAAAGUUUUUGAAUAUGAAAACUUCUAAAGAUGCGGCUAUUAGACAACGUAUGGGGAACGUUUUUACAGACAAUGAAUAUCCUUUAUACAGGAAAGGUAUAGAGGACGACUGGAAAACUUAUUUUACAUUGCAACAAAAUGCUGAAUUUGAACAGAUUUACAAAGAAAGAAUGCAGUACAACAAAUUGCAGCUAAAAUCUAUCGUCAACCCCGGCAGUCUUGAUACUGGCUGUGUAGAGACGACUAAAUAUGAAUCAAAGUUGUAGCAAUUGAAGGACAAUACAUUAUUUGUUUAUAUCAUUCAUUAUUAUCUCCCUUACUUAUUUUGAAAUGUUGAAAUGUUCCAAAACAAUCAGAGUUAUCUGAAGUGUUUCUGAUAGGUUUGAUUGUUUUUCUGUUUCAUAUCUAAAACCAUUAAACUGGCAUCAAUAUAAAAAGAUAGAAAGCAAUUUAUAUAUGAAACAGUCGUUAGUACUAAAAGUUAAGGGGACGCGAUUGAAUUAUAAACUGAACUAUUUUGUUUAAUUAUAGAUGCUUUAUUCUUAUCAUUUAUACAUGUUUGUUAUGCUAUGUUUUGUUUACUUUGUCACAUAUCUUAAAGGUUGACUAACAUGAAAAUAAAGCAAUAUUAAGUCACGAUUUGU